AUGACAAUAUCGUGGGAUUCCAUCCGCUCCCUGGUCAUAUUCUUCGGCCCCAUCCUCGUCCCCAAAGCGAUAGCCUACUACCGUACCGUCCGCAACGCCCCGCGCCGACAAGGUCUGACUGUGCAGCCCGUCCCCCCGCGCGUGCGCCUCUCGUUGGCGGUCCUGCUGGCCCUGUGCCUGGGCUAUGUGGUGCUCUCGUUCCCGGCCAUGGGGCCGGAGAACCUCUUUCGGCAGACGGACAGCCGCCUCCAGAUACCGGUGGACGUUCUGUUCAACCGCGUGGCCGCCACGCUCCGGUCAUCCAACGGCAACGCGCUCACGGCCCGGGACCACGCUCUGCGUGCCAAGUUCGUCAACCUCGAGAGUCGCCUGCUGUACCUCCGCUUCGGCCCGGACGUCCUGGCCGACUGCCCGUUCUGCACCGUCGAUGAGCCCAAGACGUACAUGUACUACGCGCUCCCGGACCUGACGUGGCCGCACGUGGCGAACCUGGCGGUCCUCGCCGCCGCCACCAGCCCGGGCUGGACCUCUGGCAAGCGCGGCGGCGGCGGCGGGUGGCGCACCCCCGCUACCGUGGCCGCCCUGCUUCUCGCCAGCCUGGACGUCUACCUCGUCGGAACGUACAACCACGGCGUCAACGCGCGGGCCCCCCGCCUGGCCGACGUGGACAUGUUCUUCUGGUCCGCCCGUGUGUAUCGCCUGCUCGCGCUGGCCGGGCUGGACGCCGCCGUCGCCGGCCUGCUGUUCCUCUCAUCCACGAACCGCGCCUUCGCCCCCGAGCCCCAGCCGCUGGACCGCAUCGACCCCGUAUACCGCCGCCUGCUGGCCGUCAGGGCCAAGAUGAACGCCCUGGGCAUCGUCAGGAAUACGGCCGUGCGGGACCAGGACCUGCGCUCCCGCACCCACGCCUACUGGGCUCACGAGGUCGACCUGAUGGCCGACAUCAUGCAGGAUGCCGACGUCGUCCGCGGCGUCAACGAUGCCCUGACAAACAGGAUCAACAUCGACGACAUCACCCGUGACGCUGAUGUGUAUUCGCGGAAUGUGCUGCGGCCAUUGGAUGAUGACAACGAGGAUUAG